CCAUUAAACGUCUUUUCAACUAAACAAUGCUCGCCGGGAACGGUCAUUUUUAUUUAGAGGAAUUGCCCUGCUAGUAAAAACAGACAUUACUAUGUUUUACCUAUGGAGAGCAGCAAUAGCUUUCGAUGAGUGUAACCAGCCUCCGAUUUCAGUCGAGGAAGAACGCGGAAACGUCACAUGGAAGAGAAUCAACCAGCAGUAGCUGCUACACCACUAAUCACACUACAUUAACAUAACUAGCCGGAACAUGCUAACGGAGCCUGCUGCGGGAAUUCGCAUUUGAUCUAUCGCGCGGACAGAAUUGCCGAUCCGCAAGAAACCAACGCAAGAUUUAUAGACGGUGCAAGACGAGAGACGACGUUACGGCCACACUUGGUUAUCGUGGCUUCUCCUGGCAUCCAUCGGACAGGCUAGUUUGGCUAGCUACCGAAGCCCAACGAUAGCGAACUCUGACUUGGCUAGCGUCAGGCUAGCUAGCCAGCUAGCUAGCUAGCUAGCUAGCUACUAACCCCGCUAACGGUGGCUGUGUUAGCUUGCGUUAUGGAUGAACUGGUCGUGGAAGUGAGGGGCACGAGUGGGGCCUUUUAUAAGGCCUUCGUGAAGGAUGUUCACGAAGGAGCGGUCACCGUGGCUUUUGAAAACAAUUGGCAGCCGGAGCGACAAAUCACGUUUCAGGAUGUGCGCUUCCCUCCUCCAACGGGCUCGUGCAAGGAGAUCAACGAGAGCGACGAGGUGGAGGUGUACUCCAGGGCUAAUGACAAGGAGCCAUGUGGGUGGUGGCUGGCCAAGGUUCGCAUGGUCAAAGGAGAGUUUUACGUAAUAGAGUACGCUGCGUGUGACGCCACACUAAAUGAGAUAGUGACGCUGGAGCGGUUACGGCCCGUCAACCCCAACAAACCAGCCAGCAAAACCACCUUCAUCAAGAUCAGACUGGACGUACCCGACGAUCUACGGCAGAUGUGCUCCAAGGAAUCGGCACACAAAGACUUUAAAAAGGCUGUGGGAGCGUUCAACGUCACCUACGACUCCGAGAAAAAGCAGCUCGUCAUUUUGUCUGUGAAUGAGGUCACAACAAGGCGGGCCAACAUGAUGAGUGACAUGCACUUCAGGAGCCUUCGCACCAAACUGUCGCUCAUGCUGAGGAACGAAGAGGCCAACAGGCAACUGGAGAGUUCCAGGCAGCUGGCGUCACGUUUUCAUGAACAGUUUGCCGUCCGGGACGACCUAAUGGGUCUGGCCAUCGGGACCCACGGGGCCAACAUCCAGCAGGCCCGCAAAGUCCCUGGGGUCACCAACAUAGACCUGGACGAGGAGACGUGCACCUUUCACAUAUACGGAGAGGACCAGGACGCCGUGCGCGCAGCGAGAAGUUUCCUGGAAUUCUCUGAAGAUGUCAUCAAGGUUCCCCGGAACUUAGUAGGGAAGGUGAUCGGCAAAAAUGGUAAACUGAUCCAGGAGGUGGUGGAUAAGUCUGGGGUGGUUCGGGUUCGCAUCGAGCCGGAGAACGAAAAAAAGCCUGCAGCAGCAGUGGCGGCGGCGGCAGUAGACGAGGGAAUGGUGCCGUUUGUCUUUGUGGGGACCAAGGAAAGUAUCACCAACGCCACAGUGCUGCUGGACUAUCACCUCAACUACCUUAAGGAGGUGGAUCAGCUGCGCCUGGAGCGUCUCCAGAUCGACGAGCAGCUCCGGCAGAUCGGAGGGGGGGGCGGAGGAGGAGGAGCGGGAGGAGGCGGAGGGGGAGGAACAGGCCCGCGAACCCUCAAAGACAAAACCUACGUGUUUGAUAACGGCAUGGGGCUCGGGAUGGGGAGAGGAGGACCAGGAGGAGGGAAGCCCUACGGAGGAAGGGGAGGAAGAGGCGGCAGAGGGCAAAGAGGAGGAGGAGGAGGAGGUGCAGCUUUUGCCUCAGGUACCAACUCGGAGGCUUCCAACGCCUCAGAGACUGAGUCGGACCACAAAGAUGAGCUCAGCGACUGGUCACUGGCCCCCACCGAGGAGCUGCUGACUGGAGGCGGGACCCUGCCCAGACGGACAGACGGGAGGAGGAGACCAGGUGGAGGAGGGCCCAGGGGGCGAGGGGGGAGAGGGAGAGGAGGGGGAGGGUACAAAGGGGAAGACAUGCAGUGGUGCGAGCCGAGGCCUCGUCAUGUCAGAGACCCCAAGACGAGAGCGCCAGAAGACACUCUACAGAUCCGCGUGGACGGCAACAACGAGCGCAGCGUGCAGCACUCCUCGGGGGGGAGAGGAGGUGGAGGGCCUCUGUCUGCCCAAGGUGUCGAUGGCCCGCCUCGCCACCAGCAUCAGAGACCCCUCAGAGACCGAGGGAUGAAGAAGGACAACCAGGACGCUCCUCCGCUGGUCAACGGAGUGUCGUAGACGCACCACUGGUGGACCUUCUCACUUAGACACACACACACACACACACACACACACACACACAGGCAACUCGUCAUAAACCAUCGUAGAGUCUCUCUCGCUUUUUUUUUUCUUUCUGUCUUUUAUGAAACACGUGAUUACGCCCAUCUCAGCAGCGCGGAAAAGAGUUCACCGUAGUGAAGUGGUAGACCUGAGGCGAUCUGCUCACCUGCUCUUUCGAGGUCUCUUGAGGGUAAAGGUCGGGUUUGUCCCUGACUGCUCCAGGGUGUCCUGUUCUUUGUCAGAGGGACAAAAAAAAGAAACUGUACUUUUUGGACAAAAGUAAAAGAUGAGUGAUUUGACUCAUUUUGGAGAAGCACUGCAUCCAAACGACAUUGACAAAUCCUAAUAUACUUCUUUUAUUUUCAAAUCAACUGAAUCAGAUGUUCUUUUUUUUUUUGCCCCUGCCCAUGUUUGGAUUUCCCCAUACAAGAAAAAUCAAAUCAAGAAAAUACUUGAUUGACAAGGAAACAAAGAAUUCCAGCAGGAUGAAAACAUGUGGAAAGCACUUCGGCCUUGGCUGUGUGACCUUUUCUACUGCCACUGUUAGUUGUAAAGAUGACCUGUCGGCACACGUCACCAUUUCCCAUGGGUUGGGAAUUUAUUUUUGGUGGUCUGCAGCUCCAAAAUCCAUCAUCUGAGGAGUUUCCCAUGUUUUAAGGUAAAUUGCGAGCAGGUAUGCACAGGGCAACAAAAUGACUAACCAGUUAUUCUCCUAUCGUCUGUGUUUUUGUUGUCAAGACAAUUUAGAACAAACCUCCUGACAAAGCAUGAUCUCAACCACGUGUUAGACGUACCACUGGGGAAACAUAAAUCUGAGGCACUCAGAUGCAAAUGUAGUGUUUUUAAAAAAAGAAGAAGAAAAAAAAGCUUCUGACAGGAGCAAAGACGGUAACUCCAAAGAGUCUUCGACAGGGUACAAAAUGUCUUGCACUGCUGUUGUAUUUAAAACCAAUGACCUUUGACCUUGGACACCUGGCGAGGCCAACAAUGACAGGGAAUCCACAUUGCAAGCCUGACGUGGCCCGUGCGUAUGCUGUGGCGUUCUGUGUGGCACACGCCGUGCUCAGAACCACCAGCGACCGGUCAGGCCGUCUUCACCGGCCCAAAUGGUAUCAGAAAUUCUUUGUACAAAAAAAAGAAAAAAGUUUUUUAAGCAAACUGCAUGAUCAUCAAACGUUUUUUAAUCCCCCCCACACACGGUCUUACGUCCACAGUCGCUCCAAAAGAGUGAGCAAUCAAUUAGAUGUAAUGGCACUAGUAAGACUGGGGAGAUAUUUUAACAAAUUCCAGAAAUCUAAAUAUCAAGUAGCUACUGUAGUCUGAUUCUAAAUUCUGCAAUCAACGGGCAGAGCGGGUCCAAUCUGCAUAAUCCACAAAAUAAAACUGUAGAAGAAGCUGUGACUCACAACUUGAGAACCAUACCACAGUGAUGAAUUGAGGCGCCGUCUAUGCGUUCACUACAACAUUUCUGCACAGACUGAUGGGAGCCCUUCGGGCUAUUUCCCAGCGAGGGCUUAGGCCGGUAGCUUUUGUCUAGUUCCCCUCACUCACAUUUAACCAAGCACUCUUGGAUGGAUGCCCGUGAAAUAAUUCCAGUAACUCUUUUUGCUUUCGGACAAACCGUAUCAGGUUGCAGGGUUAAGGCGGCAACGUGGUGAAUGUAAAACUCGUGUCAGUUGAUCACAUGAGCUUUUCUUUAAUUUAUGAAAAUCUUUGUAUUUAACCUUUUUUGUUAUGCAGUUAGAAAAUCUGUUUGAAGUAUCACUGUAGAAGAAAUGUUUCAUUGAGUUAUACCUUGACAAAAUAAAAAAAAAUAAUAAAAUUGUUGUAAGUUUAAUUCUUCCUAGUUUUCCAACUUAUUCUUGGCCCGUCCCCGGCCACAUUGUUUUGUUUUUGUUUAAUUUAAUUCAGUCAUUUCUCGUCAGAUGCAUUUUGAAAACAGAAGGGGAAUUUUAAUAUCAGCCUGUCUUGUUCCGCACUUCUUACUCUGCUGAUAGCAGUUUCACUAAAGCCUAGUCAAGACAUUAAAAUUGGGUUUGAUAAACUAUUAUAGCCAGUUAUCUGGGGUUUACUUUGAAAAUCCCCCCAAAGGUCAGUGCAUGUAUGCAGACACUGAUUUCAUAAUGAUUAUUAUCUUUGUGCCUUGGAUUUAUUCUUCUCCUUUUCAGGAUUUCUACACUGUAAGCCCCCCUCUUGUGGUUUUUACACGUUUCUUUUACACAAUUUAGUGUGCAAAGUAUUCAGUGGAUUUAUGAUCGAACGGAGGUUGAAAAUAGUAAGAAAGGGUCACUGUAAAAAAACAAAAUUAAACAGUCUUUUUUCUGGGCAUUCGUAGUGUAAAAUAAUGUAUUACAUCAUGAAAAUCUAAUCUCAUAUGGUUCCUGAAACUUAAGAAUUGUUCAGGAGUAGUCAUUCAAUUUUCUCUCAACAGGUUUAUAGUUUUCUUUGUUAGCAUUCUUAGAUGAGAAAAUUGUUGUUUCAACGCUAAUGCGCCAAAAGGCGCUUUUAUUAGCUUACCGGUAAACAGCUAGCCUGGCCACGGCCAAAAUCUGCUUCCUAAUUCACAUAUAUUCAUAAUUACCGUAUUGUUCUGGUUGAAUGUGUACAAAAUUAAAUUUAUUUUGGCACGCAAACGGAGUCAUUCUUGGCCCGGCGCUGGGACUUCUUUGCUAGCUAUUUACCCUUUGCUUCCAGUUUUUACGCUAAGCUAACUGACAACUGGCUCCAGCAUUGCACUUCUUGUCAAACUCAACGCAUAAUUCCCAAGAUAUUAACCUAUGUUUUAAAGCAUUUUAUGUACCAUAUAUUGGGAGCAUUUUCAUUGAGCAAACGCUGUAUUACAAGUCGGAAAUAGCCCAUGUGCUGCUAGAAAGCUGCGAAUGCUCAGAGAAACCUCGACAUAUUUUGUGUGACGUGUUCCUUUUAAUCGCUAGUCACACAACGUAGACACGUUUAUCAGAGACUAUGGGAUGGUGGUAAAGGACCAGACGGGUAAAGAUGGCUUCUUCCUGCUGUGACGUCAUUGAUUCAAACUUUGAGUGUUUCUGACCCUGCUUUAACCAUCUGAUAUCAUUUAAACACUGAAGGUGUUUCCAUCAGUCAAUAAAAAUACACCCUGUAGCUCCUGGCUUGGUUCAGUUGAUCUGUGAAAUGGAUUCAGUUUCUUUUAGAGGCCUGUGCCAUUUGCAACCCUGAGGGCCUCAUGGACGUACAUUUGCAAACGUAGCUUUAUCAGCUUACGUUGUAUUUAUGAAAGCUGCAGUUUUAACUCCCCCUUUCCCCUUGACCCUCCCAUAAAUGCAUAUGCAUGACACGAAAAAGCUUUCCAUCCGCGCUUUCAUAUCAGUGCAGCAUGUUUGUACAUAGGCUAUGCCUCGCCAUGCUUUUAUGUGCACGCUGUGAAACAAUUAUUGGGCGCAAUAGCGUUAGAACAUGAGGCCCUGAGUGUUAACUUUAUGUUCUGUUCCAAAUUAAAAUAAAGCUUUUUCUCCAUAACCGCCCCCUUUCAUACAAAUGUUAGAUUGGUUGGCCCACUUGUUUGACCCAGUGUAGAUUUCUUCCCUAUAUCUCUUUUUCUCCUCCUUCAAAGGUUGGGCUAGUUCUUAUCUUUAAUUAGAGGUGAGUGUACCUUUCUACUCUUAGCGUGCACAUCUUUAUAAUGAAUUUUAGAGACUUUCAGUAGUUAAGUAUUUUUUAACUCAAAAAAACUCCCCAGAGUUCAUUUCUUUUCAUUAGUGUUUCUCAUUAGGGAUUUCAACUUGAUUUCAGUUCAGCUGUUUUAACCAGACAACAAUCAGCAAUGAUACUCGAGGGAACUUUUACCUUUUAGAAAUGUCAUAAUAAAACCAGUUAUGAAACAUGAUCAUCCUCUGUCUUUUUCCUCAAGUAUUAUUGGUCUUUCUCCCUCACUAACCUGUUAGGACCUUUUGCUUUCACUUGCAGCUCACACUGCAGCCACGUUGGGUGUUUUAUUGCCAGUGAUUGAUCUCUGCAGUGCCCCAGAGUGGCAGCGGUGAUAGUAACAUCUAUAAUGUUAAUUCAGCAUCGAUACAAAGUUGCUUGAAGUGUGGUACAUAUAUGUAUAUACGGAUGUAAUUAUUUGUCUGAGAAAAAAAGAUUUGUACUAUCGUUUCCAAUGUGCACUUAUCCUGAAAUCUUCUCUUGUUUUUGCUGUUUAAUAUCGGUCAAAUGCUAGAACUCUUGAUAAUAACCUCAAUGAUGUGUGGAAAGGAAUUAUCCUCUAUAGCAGGGUUGAGUCACAGAUUACUAUUUAAAUGGCCAUAUGGCUGCAGAACUCGAAGGAAAAAAACAUUAAAUUACUGAAAGAGAAGGUGAGUUAAGUAAAUAUUUAACAGGGAAAAUGCACCCCUAACACUGAAUACCUUAAUAGAAACACUGGAACUUUCACUGACAUAAUGACAUGGUAACCAUAUAUACAGCUGGAGUUUGGCUUCCUCGAUACACCAAUGCAUCAGAUACAAAAUGUGUAUUUCAUAUUUUAAAAGUGUUCCCCUUAUUUACAACAGCAGUUUGGAUAGUUGUAUUAUCCCUGCAGUGAAAAUAAUUCUAUAUAACUGACUAAAGUGUGAAAAGGAGUGUGAAAGCACAUUUUGUGAAAAGAACUACCCUCAAAGAUUCCUUUUUUUCUCCUUUGCCAAGUUGACCAAUUCUUUUGAGGAUAAUCUUGGGUAAAAAAAAUACGUAUGUGGACUUUGAGUCAAUGUAUUUUGUAAAAUUCUGGAGUGAGAACAUAUGUUUAAAGUAACAGAUCUUGAUUUCUAAAAUACUCUGAACAACUAGAGCUAAUGGAUACUGCUAAUUUGCUUUCUUUAUUUCGAGCACAGACAAAAAUGAAAAAAGAUGUGUUAGUUUCAGCAAGAAAGUCUUCUGUAGGACCAUUACUUGUUGUUUU